UCUGAAAUAUCACACAUCAAGCAAGUUUUAGUUAAGGUUUCAACUUGAAAUCUCCUGUGAAUUUGAGAAGCCAUGGCAAUGGGCAUAGUUUUUAAGGGAGUAUUGCAAUUUCUGGCCUUCUCGUUGGGUGUUUUUGUAUUGGCAGGAGCUCAGGGAACCAAAGUUGGGUUCUAUUCCUCCACUUGUCCAAAGGCCGAAUCCAUUGUUACGUCCACCGUCAAGACACAUUUCAAUGCUGAUCAAACAAUUGCAGCUGGCCUGCUAAGGCUUUUCUUCCACGACUGCUUUGUUCAAGGUUGUGAUGCGUCCAUAUUGAUCACUGGUCCAUCUGCAGAGAAAAACUCGCUGACUAAUCUGGGGUUACGUGGGUUUGAGGUUGUGGAGGAUGCCAAAACACAGGUAGAAGCUGCGUGCCCAGGAGUCGUCUCUUGUGCUGACAUUCUUGCCCUUGCUUCUCGAGAUGCCGUUGUGCUGAGCACGGGACCAACGUGGGAUGUACCGACUGGUAGAAGAGACGGCUUAGUUUCAUCUUCCUCAGACGCUGCCAAUCUCCCAACACCUGCUGAUUCUGUCACCGUCCAGAAACAGAAAUUCGCUGACAAAGGCCUCACGACCGAAGAUCUUGUAACUCUCGUUGGAGCCCAUACGAUUGGACAAACAGAUUGCCAGUUCUUCAGCUACAGACUGUACAACUUUACGACGACAGGGAACGCUGACCCUACCAUCAGCAGCUCAUAUCUCUCUCAACUGCAGUCACUCUGCCCCUCCGGCGGCGACGGUUCGAAGCGCGUGGCUCUGGACAAGGGCAGCCAGUUGAACUUCGAUGACAGCUUCUUUAAGAAUGUGAGGGACGGCAAUGCAGUGCUAGAGUCAGAUCAGAGAUUGUGGGGCGACGCCUCCACCAAAAGCGUAGUUCAAAAGUAUGCGGGCACCAUAAGAGGAGUGCUGGGCGUCAGAUUUGAUUUGGCUUUUGCUAAGGCCAUGGUCAAAUUGAGUAACGUCGGUGUGAAAACUGGGAGUGAUGGCGAGAUUCGCAAAGUCUGUUCUGCCUUCAAUUGAUCUUCGUUCUUCCUCGGCAAUGACAUGUGUUAGGAUUUUGUUUAUGGGAAUAAAUUUAAGAGUUCUAUAGGUCCCCACUGUCGAUUUAAGGCUGGCCAUUUACAGUGGGUUAGGUUGUGAAUUUUCAAAUUUUUGAUUUGUCUGUGGUGUGACAGAUUGUUGUAGGAGGGCUCCAAGAGCUAAGCUCCUUGUUGGAGUAAAUUCUCCACUUCUCUAGAAUAAAUACAAUAUAUAUAUAUAUUUGGUAAGAGUUCCAUAUUAGUUCAAGAGGGAAAUAAAGAGAAUUAACUUUUAUAAUGAGA